GCGUGAAGGGAGCCGUUCCACCGCCCUCAGCCUCUGGCGGGCGAGUGGUUCCUCGGCAACCGCCCAGCCUGACACCAGAUUGGAGUUCACAUGAUUCUGCCUCAGCUCCGGAAUGGGCAGCCUCCAGCUGGGGAUUUUCUAGCCGGAGCUGGGAGGUUCAGGCUGCGGGAAAUCGCUGGACGGAGAGCUGGGGUCGUGGCUGCAAGGGUGCCCAGGCUCCUGCAGAGCCUCUGCAGAAAGCCCAGCUGUCUGAGGUUUGAGGGCAGAGCCCAGCUGGGGCAGGCAGAGUGCCCCCUCAGAUGACUCCCUUCAUCCUGAUUUCAGCAGCUGCCUGCUCCUCACCUGGCUGCAGAGACCACGCCGCCUUCCUGGGGCCCGGAGGCUCUAGGAGAAGCUGGAAAGCACAGGUGCGGGUCCAGCCAGGUGUUUUCAAACUGCGGGUUGUGACCCAUUCGUGGGUCAGUAAAUCAACUUCGUAGCUCAUGACCUGCAUUUUAAAAACCGAAAUAGAAUAGAAACGAUCAGAGUGCGUGGCAAGAAGUAGGGGUCUCGCCCACCACCAGUGAUGCCCAGCCCUUGGUAGAGCUUGAACCACCUUCUGUAAACAGAAUGGCGGUGGAGAGACAGGCCCGGUCCCUGAGUCCAUGAGGGGUGAGGCCCCUCCAGGCCCAAAGAUGGGGAACAUCACUGCAGACAACUCCUCGAUGGGCUGCACCAUUGACCACACCAUCCACCAGACGCUGGCCCCGGUGGUCUAUGUCAUGGUGCUGGUGGUGGGCUUCCCGGCCAACUGCCUGUCCCUCUACUUCGGCUACCUGCAGAUCAAGGCCCGCAACGAGCUGGGCGUGUACCUGUGCAACCUGACAGUGGCCGACCUCUUCUACAUCUGCUCACUGCCCUUCUGGCUGCAGUACGUGCUGCAGCAUGACAACUGGUCACACGGUGACCUGUCGUGCCAGGUGUGCGGCAUCCUCCUCUACGAGAACAUCUACAUCAGCGUGGGCUUCCUCUGCUGCAUCUCCGUCGACCGCUACCUGGCUGUGGCCCAUCCCUUCCGCUUCCACCAGUUCCGGACCCUGAAGGCGGCCGUGGGCAUCAGCGUGGUCAUCUGGGCCAAGGAGCUGCUGACCAGCAUCUACUUCCUGAUGCACGAGGAGGUCAUCGAGGACGAGGACCAGCACCGCGUGUGCUUCGAGCACUACCCCAUCCAGGCGUGGCAGCGCGGCAUCAACUACUACCGCUUCCUGGUGGGUUUCUUCUUCCCCAUCUGCCUGCUGCUGGCUUCCUACCAGGGCAUCCUGCGCGCCGUGCGCCGGAGCCACGGCACCCAGAAGAGCCGCAAGGACCAGAUCCAGCGGCUGGUGCUCAGCACCGUGGUCAUCUUCCUGGCCUGCUUCCUGCCCUACCACGUGCUGCUGCUGGUGCGCAGCCUCUGGGAGGCCAGCUGCGACUUCGCCAAGGGCAUCUUCAACGCGUACCACUUCUCCCUCCUGCUCACCAGCUUCAACUGCGUUGCCGACCCCGUGCUCUACUGCUUCGUCAGCGAGACCACCCACCGGGACCUGGCCCGGCUCCGCGGGGCCUGCCUGGCCUUCCUCACCUGCUCCAGGACCGGCCGGGCCCGGGAGGCCUACCCACUGGGUGCCCCCGAGGCCUCCGGGAAAAGCGGGGCCCAGGGUGAGGAGCCUGAGCUGUUGACCAAGCUCCACCCGGCCUUCCAGACCCCUAACUCACCAGGGGCAGGAGGGUCCCCCACAGGCACUUCGGCCUAGCCUGGGUCCCCCACGGGUGGGGCCACGUGAGGCAGGAGCCUUCAGCCCACAGGCCUCAGGGUUGGCCACUUCCUAUUUCACUCAGCGCCAGUGCAGCUUUCUGCGGAGGCGGCGAGGCCCCUGUGACUCCGGAAGCCUGUUCUCGCUUGCUGAGCCCACUGAGACCAUCGAGGGUGAGAAUCAGCCCCCGUCGGCUCGUGGUGGCCUCUGCCGCAGAGUAUGGUGUGGCCAAGCUGGGGCUGCUGGGGCGGGGAGACAGUGAACUGCGCUGCCCGGGCUGCUUCCUGCAGAGAGUUUGUGCAUGGGGACUGUGCGGACGUGGAGGGUGGGAGGCUGGGGGUUCACCUGCCAGGGCUUCCAGUGCCACUGUUGUCACAGACAAUGUCUGUCCAGAUGCCCCGGUGGGACCAGCACUGGAGUCCUGCCCACAACAGGGUGGGAAGUGAAGACUGGAGGGGGAAGGAAGGCAGGAGCGGGGAGGAAUGGGGGGAAGGAAAAGGGGAAGAAGGAAGGGCGGAGGGGUGAAGGAGGGGAGGAGGGGAGAGGGAAGGCAGUUGGUGUUUGGGAGUCGAGCUGGGGUGGCGGAGUCGGGGAGUGGGGGAGCUAUAGGCAGAGGAGGACGCUAGCUCCAGCCACAAGAACUGGGAGAGCCGCUGGCUGCCCCAGGAGACCUGCCCCCUUCUACGGAAAUGCUAGCCCUUCAGACCUUCUGGUCGGUGGGCUGGGACCAGCUCUGACUUCCCAGGUCAUGCCCUCCAAGGCCUGCAACUCAAAUUCCUCAGAACCAAGAGGUUACAUGGGUGUCUUCCAAGAAUGGACCAGGGGCGAGGAACAGAAAUUGGCAUCAGUAAACAUUUCCGGAAAGGGAGGCCCAGGCAGAACCCCUUCCUCAGUCUCCCUUCCCGUCUUCCCUUUGUGCUCUGUCUCUUAGCCCUUUCAUCAGGGAUGCUCAGAGGCACACAGCCUAGGCUGGAGGUGCCCAAGGGAGGGUUGCUCACGGUGGUCCCAGGACUACACUUGGCUUUGACUGAGCAGCCCCUGCUCAGAUCCUUGUGAAGGGUGUCCAGUGACAUGGGGAGGUUCUCUGUCCCUUCCUAGAGGAGGAAAUGACCAAGUUUGAAGGCAGAAAUGACCACACAGCCAACAAGAGUCCAUGCAACUCAGCCCAGGAUCCUCCUGGGUCAGUGACAUUGGUGGAAGCUUCCAUGCCUCAUUCCACAGUUCCUCCUCCUAUGUUGACCUUAAACACCAGCUUUCCCACUGACUACAGACUGGGAUGAGCUGAGGGCAGUAUCAUUUACUAUCAAGAGCUGUAUUUUUGUAUUGUCCUCUCUUUUUGCCAAGUGUACGUGUGUUGACUGUGCAAUGGAUUUAUGUAGCAAACUUCAGUCUGCAAAUAAAGCAAAGUAAC